AUGGACCCCGCACCGGGCGGCUCCCACCGCCGCCGCCUCCUGCUGCUCUCCCCGGCUUCCCCCGCCGUGGUCAAGUCGCUCUUUCCCGAUGAGCUCUCGCCGGUCUCCGACCUCCGCCUCACCAUGGAGCAGCUGGGACGCGGUCAGCAAGAAACUGCUGAGCAGGAUCUGGAAAACAAAAAUACAAACGGCUUGCAAAGAACAGUGUCAUCAGAAUCCACAGACUCAGGUUGUGCUCUGGAUUCCCCUGGUCCUGCAGCCUCAAAUGAUAUCCUGGAGGAAACGUUUGAGAAGGCAAUUCUUGAAUCCAGCAGGCUGAACAUCCGGGUGCCUUUCCGAAGGAUCCAUUCACUGCCACAAAGCCUCCUGGGGUCCAGUCCUGCUCUGAAGAGAAACCACUCUGAUUCUUCGGAGAGUGAAGCUUUUCAGCUCUUGGUACAAGAUGAAAAUAAGGAGAAUGAAUCAUUUGAGUUCAAGAAGCCAACCAAGCCAGCUGCCCGGGGGGCUGUCCACGCCCAUUCCCGGGAUGGAAGAGGUGCUCCUGGACCAAGGCAGGGCUCCUCUCCAGCUCAGACAUUUGCCAUGGGUGAGACCCCCCCAGGCAGGCAGCAGCACCAGCCAAGCUUCCUGCAGCCUGUCCUGCCUUCCCCUGAGAGCGAAGAUGACGACGGGUUCCUGGAGCUGUUGGAUGACCAAGACUUCAAGAAUGACGAGGAGGCGCCAUCAGACGUGUCCAGCCUCUGGACUGCACCCCUGGUGAUGAGGAGAAUGGACCCUCGGGCCAAGCGGUGCCGCUUGUUUGGCUCUUCAUCUCUGCCCAGUGCUGUGGGAAGAACCACCCAGAAGAGGAUGGAGAGAUCCCAGGAAGAGAAUUCUCCAGGGAAAAGCAAGAAGAGGAAGAGCCUGCCUGGAGCAUCUUCUGAGGACUCGGGGAGCCUGAAAAUAGUGAAGACACAAUCCUCCACAGCAGAGAUCGAGAGCAUUUUGGACAGUGACCAGAGAGACCUUAUUGGAGACUUCUCAAAGGGUUAUUUAUUCCACACUGUUGAUGGGAAACACCAGGACUUGAAGUACAUCGACUCGGAAAUGAUUGUGUCUGUGCUGACUGGGAAAUUUGCCAGCUCCAUCAAGGAGUGUGUGAUCAUUGACUGUAGAUACCCCUACGAGUAUGAAGGGGGACACAUCAAGGGAGCUGUGAACCUCCACAUGGAGGAGGAGGUGGAAGAUUACCUGCUGAAGAAGCCGAUCCAGCCCUCGGGGAACAAGCGAGUGAUCGUCGUGUUCCACUGCGAGUUCUCUUCCGAGCGGGGCCCUCGGAUGUGCCGGUUUGUGAGGGAGCGGGACAGGCUGGACAACGAGUACCCCAACCUGCACUACCCUGAGCUCUACGUCCUCAAGGGGGGAUACAGGGACUUCUUCCUGAGAUGCCGUAGCUUCUGCGAGCCCCAGAGCUACCGCCCCAUGCACCACGAGGACUUCAAGGAGGAUCUGAAAAGGUUCCGCACCAAGAGCCGCACCUGGGCCGGCGAGAGGAGCAAGCGGGAGCUCUACAGUCGCCUGAAGAAGCUCUAAGGGCUGGAGAAGCCAAGACUGCCCGUGGUGGUGGGGGGAGAGGCGCCUGUUCCCUGCUGGUGGGGCUGGGCAGCCAGCUCUCUCCUCCUCUCUUUUCCUGGGAACACCGUGGGACUUGUGGCUCUGCUUGGUGCCACCGCCCUGGACGCUGGCUGGGAGCGGAAUCUUCUCACGGCAGCAGCUCCUGGUGUCUGUGACAUCCCCAGAGAGCCCAGGGAAGGGUGGGGAGAGGGGCCACCUGCCACCCACGGGGGGCUCAGCUGGGGUGUGGUGCAAGCAGCCAGGAGAUUUUAGUGCCUGUUUUUCUGGGUUUUUUUAUUUUAUUUUUUUUAAACGCUUUAUUUUAUUUAAAUACAGUCAAACGAAGCCAGUGGCCCCUGCAGUUGGAUCAUCUGGACUGGACUCAGCUUUGUCUCUGCUG